GUAAUACGUUAUGUCGAUUGAUGAGUCAAUAGUUGAUAUACAUGUUAUAAACAUUUGUAGCAUAAAGAUUGUUUAUAUCAAUUGUUUGAUUAAAUUAUAAUAAAAAUUAUGAUAUAUUUUAAUAUCUUUUAAUAUCUUUUAAAUAUUUUUCAUUCAAGUCAAUAUUUUUAAUUCAUUUGUAAUUUUCAUAUUCAAAUAAUUAAUUUAACAAAUAACAGGAUAUUAUAUAUUAAUUUUUAACACAAUGUCAUUAAAAAGAAAGAACUCCAGUUAAUAUAUUAUUCAAUAAAAUGAUAUGAUUUUGUGGAAUGGCCGAAUUGCAUAUUAUAGGUCGAAUUUCGUCUGCGAGAGAUUUUAAACAAUCACAUCUUUUAUGCAAGUGGAGUUUUCAUGCCGGUAGAGGAUGGAAAGUAUUAAAUGGUUAUGAAGAAGGACAAACUCAAGAAAGUUGUGAUUUAUAUACUAAUGAACCAGUUUGGGAUCAUCCCAUAGAUUUACAUUAUACAACACAAACUAUUCAAAAUUCACCAAAAAUUUUAUUACAAAUAUUUCAUAGAGAUACACAUGGAAGAAUAUUAUUUGGAUCCUAUGGUAUUUGUAACAUUCCUUUAUCUCCUGGAUUGCAUUCUAUAAAGUGUCACACAUGGAAACCAAUUGGUAAUUGGAAAGAUAGAUUAAGAGAUAAGUUUUUGGGAAUAAGUUUACAAUUAAAAUCACCAAAUAUUUUGGUUAAUUCUUUGGAUAGAUUUGAAUUACUUACAGAAAGUAUGGGUACAAUUAAAAUUGAAUUGUAUAUACUUACUCGAAAUUUUGAAAAAUAUGGAUGUCAUAUAUAAAUAUUAUUGCAAUAUAUUAUACUUUAUGUUAAUACAUUACAAUAUGGAUUAAAAAUAUUUUUUAAUAAAUAUAUUCUAAAUUAUAAAAUACAUAUAUAUAUAUAAAACUAUCAACAUGUUUAUAAUAAAGUUUAUGUUAAUAUCAUUUUAUCUUAUAUUAAAUAAAUCAAUAUAUGCUAAGAAA